UCCAAGAGGUUCUCCCCCUCCAAGCGAAAACAGUAUUAUAUCAACAAGGCCAUCCGCAACUCGGACCUCAUCCCCAGGGCCAAGGGGCGCAAGAGCCUGCAGAGGCUGGAGAACACUCGCUACCUGAUGACGCUGCUGGAGCGAGAUGAAUGCGGGAGCGACGAGGGAGAGCUCGCCCACUCCUCCACUCCCAGCAUCUUCACCGAGGCCUGUAACAACGAGACCUACGGGGAGAUCUGGAACGACUUCAUGAACCGGUCGGGAGAGGAGCAGGAGCGGGUCCUGCUCUACCUGGAGGAGGAGGCCAGGAAGAAGCACAAGAGGAAGCUGCCCGUCAAGAACGAAGAGAAGUGGAAAG